CCGGACUGUAGCGAGGCUCUACGGCAGCACCACACAAACCAAGAUGAAGGGGAAAGAGAAGCAGCAGCGGCGGCAGCCAGCGGUCACACAGAAGAAAAAUAUGGCAAGCAGCAGCAACGAUGAAGACUCUGAUGUGGAGAAGAACUUCGCCCUGGUCACUGAGAGAGGAGGAAGGCCUGAGGAGGAGGAGGAGGAGGAGGAGGAGCACCUUGGAGGGGAGGAGGGGUCUGAUGAUGAUGAUGGUGAUGAUGGAGAGGAAGACGAGGGUGGGUCAGAUAGCGGGGAUGAGGAGGAGGAGGUGGAGGAGGAGGAGGAGGAGGAUGAGGAGGAGGAUGAAGACCCUGAGGAUGCUGGUGGUAGCAGUGAAAUCCAGACCAAAGACGACAUCAGGAAAGAACUGUCCAGCAUGUCCUUUGAGGACAUCAUGGCGCUGCAGAACAAGGUGGGAACCAAAGUUUACAACCAGGUCGCUUACGGCAGCAACAAGAGUCGAGAGACCAGCAAGAAGAAACGGCUGAACAAGAACAGGCCGAUGGAGAUUUCAGCCAAGAAACCUGCACCGUUCCUGCGUCAGGUCGUCCCCGUCCGGAAACCGACGCUGAGAGAUCCUCGAUUUGACGACCUGUCCGGGGAAUACAAGCCUGAGAUCUUUGAGAAGACCUACAAGUUCAUUAAUGACAUCAGACACAGAGAGAAGGAGAUCGUCAAGAAGCAGCUGAAGAAGACGAAGAACAACAACAGCAGGAAGGAGAAGCUGCAGUUCCUCCUCAAAAGAAUGGAGAACCAGGAGCGAGCGAGGAAGAGCCGAGAGCAGCAGAGGGAGAGAGAGCUGCAGUUCAGGAGGGAGCAGAGAGAGCGAGCCAAUCAGGGCGCACAACCGUUCUUCCUCAAGAAAUCUGAGAAGAAGAAGCUGCAACUGGCUGAGAAGUACCAGGAGCUCAAGAAGAGUGGCAAACUGGACAGCUUCCUGAGCAAGAAGAGGAAGAGGAAUGCCGGGAAGGACCGCAGGAAGCUGCCCAAACAGCUGCAGAACAAGAAGGCUGUCUGAGGCGUCCAGUCGCCCUGAAGAGAGAAACUCUUCAUUCUUUAAUCUGUGAGAGACUGAGCCACCUGUAAGGAAGUGUGUCCAACUUACUGACAAAUCAGCAUUCAGGAGAGCUUGGGCAUCUGAACAUUACGUUCUUGUGUCUUGGGCUUCACGGUCCUGAUAGUUCGAUGAUCUGACAGGCUUCAGGAGCAAAGUGUUGGUUGGUUGGUGGAGUCGGUCGCCACAAACCCCGUGUGUCACAAAGAUGUUUUGUUUUUUUUUAAAAAAAAAACCCAGAUGACAAAAAAAUAACCAAACAUGGAUGCUGUAAAAACUGCUAAUUAGGUCUGAGCUGCCAACGAACAGCAACGAUGUGAGAUGCUGGAGAGUCCACGAGCUCGUCACUUGUUGUAAAGAAUAAUUAUAGAUGCUUUUUAUGGACAGACAGACUGUCAGCUGCCUGGAAGAAAGGAAAUCGGUGUAAAUCCUGAUGAAGCUCUUGUAUAAAACCAUUUUCCGAGCUUGUUUAAAGAACCGUGGUCAGAGCUGUGCGGAGGUUGUGUCGCAGGAAACCACCUCUGGAACUCAAACUCUGCAUUUUGAAUUGUUAAUUUCUACUAAAUACUGUUUCUUUAAUAAAAUGUUGUUUAUA